UGGGCCUAAAGCGGAGCCGCGCAGGGAUCCCUCCACCUCGCACGCCCAGACUGGGCUCCGGGAGAGGUCACUUUCCAAGCUCAGGCUGUUUGGCUGGAUGUGGUUCCUCUAGUCACAACUAAAACCACUCGCUGCUCCUGUAUCCAGGGAAUGGGUCCUGGGGGUAUCCCCGGACACCCCCUCUCCCCACGCUUUCCAGUGCCGUCCCAAAAAGUGAGACUUCGGACGCAUGUAGUUAAUUGAAUACUUUAAGUCUCAGGUGAAAGAAGAUCCUGACAUGGCCUCAGCAGUAGCUGCCAUCCGGACUUUGCUGGAGUACUUGAGGAGAGAUAAAGGGGAGACACUCCAGGGCCUGAGAGCGAAUCUCACCAGUGCCAUAGAAACCCUGUGUGGCGUGGACUCUUCUGUGGCCGUGUCCUCGGGCGGGGAGCUCUUCCUGCGCUUCAUCAGCCUUACCUCCCUGGAAUACUCUGAUUACUCCAAAUGUAAAAAGAUCAUGAUUGAGCGGGGAGAGAUUUUUCUCAGGAGAACAUCACUGUCGAGAAAUAAAAUUGCAGAUCUGUGCCAUACUUUCAUCAAAGAUGGGGCGAGAAUAUUAACUCACGCCUACUCCAGAGUGGUCCUGAGAGUCUUGGAAGCAGCCGUGGCGGCCAAGAAGCGUUUCAGUGUGUACAUUACAGAGUCACAGCCUGACUUAUCAGGUAAGAAAAUGGCCAAAGCCCUCUGCCACCUCAGUGUCCCCGUCACUGUCGUCCUGGAUGCCGCUGUUGGCUACAUCAUGGAGAAAGUGGAUCUUGUCAUAGUUGGUGCUGAAGGAGUUGUUGAAAACGGAGGAAUCAUUAACAAGAUUGGAACCAACCAGAUGGCCGUGUGUGCCAAAGCACAGAACAAGCCUUUUUAUGUGGUUGCAGAAAGUUUCAAGUUUGUACGGCUCUUCCCACUAAACCAGCAAGAUGUCCCAGAUAAGUUUAAGUACAAGGCAGAUACUCUGAAGUCCACGCAGACUGGACAGGAUCUCAAAGAGGAGCACCCGUGGGUCGACUACACCUCCCCUUCCUUAAUCACACUGCUGUUUACAGACCUGGGGGUGCUGACGCCCUCAGCAGUCAGCGACGAACUCAUCAAGCUCUAUCUGUAACCGCCGGGCCCUUUCCUGCCGGCGCACAGCUGAUGCUGGGAGCAGCCUCUUGGCCCCUCCGUGAGCCAGGCCAAAACUGAAUUGUUUUUUAUGAAAUUUUAUCGACUAAGGACUUAAAAUCAUACGUCUUGGAGAAUUUUUUAUUCAUUUCAGUCCCAUCUAAAAUAAAUAUGUUCAUGGUUCCCCUAAAACCCAACCUAAAUUGUGCUUAUGGUUUCCAGACACUUUCAUUCAUUUCCAGUUUCCAGAAAUACAAGUUAGAUUAUUGGCUACUUGACUGAUGAAAGAAGAUGUGCCCCGUCCCCCUCCCUUCAUCUUCCCCACACUCCAGACUUAUUUGCCAGAAGCAUCAGUGAAAGCCAUGCAGGCCUAAGAGAGCAGGGGUCCCAACUGCAGCCAGGCGCCCCUCCAGCAACCAACAGCCGCCCAGGACGCAGGCUACACGGUGCCGUGUGAGAAAGGCAGGAAACCCUUGCUGAAUCCGCAUCAGGCCUCCAGUGGUGAACAUGAGCUGAGGGCUGUCAUCUCCAAAAAAGGAUCAAGCCAAACAGUGGAAACUAACACGAGGACCCAAGACAGGGAGAAACAGCAUCUUUGGCAGGUGUAUCCUGCACGGCUCACCACUUACGAAGAUGCCUUCCAGAAUAUUUGCAAACUUUAAUUCUGUAUCUGGGAAAGAUGUGAAUUUAAACAUGUUUGGGUCCUGAACAGCUUUUUUAAAAUUGUUCUUGGGAACAAUUCAGCAUCUUUUCAAAUAAACUGUAUGAAAGAUUUUGA